AUGCGCGGAUGUCCCCAGAUUACGUGUAGGUUUUCGAACAUUUCCUCCUUUUAUGUAUAUGUGUUUAGAAUAAGCAUUUCAUUUUGAUUCGGUUUGUACUAUUUAAUCUUCAUGCAUUCUACUUGAAAAUUAGAGAAGUAGGAUUAAAAUACUAGUUCGAAACAUCAGUUAUGUCGGUAAAAUCUUUCAACAAAUGAUCCGGCAUAUUAUGCAGUUUUGUGCACCAUAGCGGAAAACCUCCCCAUCUUUGAUCUUUUACAAAGCGGUUGCAAAUUAUUAUUGCGGAAGAUAACGUUUUCUCUCCGAUGUCGAUGACUGCGACAACAGUACAGUACUUUCAUUCGCCUGACGUGCAUUCCGGCUAGUGUAACCCAAGGAUUGUGAACCAACGCGGACUGUUCACGGCGCUUGAAGUUUUGUGUCAAUCGAACAGGCCAGGACGACCAGAAAGGAUAAUAAUAAUAAUAAUAAUAAUAAUAAUAAUAAUAAUAAUAACAAUAAUAAUAAUAAUAAGGAGCAGUGCAGAAUUUGCCGAUGCAAGCAAAAAUGUGACUGUUGUCCUAGCAGCCCUAUUUGCCUGACGUGUCGGAUUCACGCGUGAACCCAUCAUAGAGACAGUAUCACAUACGGGUAUAUCAUGCACAUGACGCUGCCCUUUAUUCAAGAUGCGGUUGCUGUGUUACUACAUGCACAUGACAAUUAACGGCUCCCCAUUCAGUGUGAAUGGUUUCCCUCUGGUGAAGUGAAUACUUAAUAGACUGACACACAAGUCCUUAGUGGCCGAGAUUUCAUCAACCGUCUCUGAUCUUAGCUCACCGGCCUGCGUGCUCCCCAUGCGACUAAUUACUUUGGCUUAACUAAAUCUGUGCGCCGAAUAUGUGGUGAGGAGGCUAUUGCACUUGCUGAAAGACUGGUGUCCUGUAAACAAAGAGUAGCAACUCGCGGUUCCCGCGAUAAUCACCUCUCUCGUGUCUCGAACAUGAAUGUGUGACCGUGUCUUGUCGAAUAAGUCGCGACACGAGCGUUGACGGCAUUUGCCCGCUCUGCUGCUACCUGAUCGGCCUUUCACGUCCAGAGCAGUCUUCAAGUUUCUCCGACAUAGUCGCUGUGCCUGCCUCCGUCCCAGACCUGAUAAGGGAUUCCAGAUGCUCCUUGCCACGGUUGGGCGGUAUUUACACCGUUUCCUUAUCAGUAAAGCACUCUCCAAGAAAUCAAGUAAUGCCAUUUCAAGGUAUUGUCUGCUUCCAUAUCGACGGCUGUGUUACAGCAAUUGUCGUAUCCUGAGAAAUCUCAUAACUGUUCCGUUUGUUCAUCAACGCCUACACUUAUGGCCGCAAGGGCGUUUGUUUCAUUUUACGAAGAUCACAGUCCUUGCAUGCUCAAGAAGGAAAUAUGGCCGAAAAAUAUUGGCAAGUUCACGAAGUGUCUCGGCUCCAUCACAAAGCAGCCUAAAUGGCUGGACAAAACUCCCAAAUAAAAAUGAAUGACUUAUGGUUAAAGCAAAUCAGAAAAGAUGUUUUGAGAUGUAGUCUGAAAUGUGCAAAUGCUGAUAGCUCGAACAUUUGCGCUAAAUAAGUGAACUUCCAUAACUGUCGAAAUCACCGCAACACUCAUGCAGUGGUGCUAUUUACCCAUUUGCGCGCGAUAGUGUUUACAGGAUUUCUAAAUCAGCCUAAGACCUCCUAUACAUAUUAGAUCUUUUGUUGAAUGAGUACUUUAUGGAAUUAUCCAAACCGACUUAGGAAAUAAAUUGACAGGUGCAUGUAAAUACCACGCAAGAAUUAAUGCAUCCUGGAGUAUGAGAGUCGUCCAUUGCUUUUUGUUUAAUUUCAUUACGGAUUAUCAGCAAUCCUCUCCAACAGGAGAAUAGCACAUCCAGGUGGAAUUGCGGUUACGUCUUGUUUUCUCACAAUAUUUUUGCACGUCAAAGUACUUACCACAUUCAUUAGAGAAUAUGUCAGAAUACGUGGCCCUAUCCACCAUGUUCAAUAGUUAAAACCCUAAUGACAUACUAUUCAGAUUUUAAAAAAAUUAAAUCUGGUCUCUGUGAAGCAUAAUAUCUUUAUCGUGCGAAUUAACGCGCGUUGCCUAACGGACAAUGGUAUGCACAUUCGAAUUUCAUGAUUCCUCUCGGAAAGGUCUUCCGUCAGGCCUUAAACUGAGGCCAGCCAACGUUUACUCAACGACCGUUCCAUUCUCUUUUUUACGCCAGCAGUACAUGGUCAUAACACAAGGAGGUCGUCAGGAAGAACCCUGAAUUCUACCUACAGUAGCGUUUCCGGGAAACCGUCUCACACGAAUGUCGAUGCCUCCCUUAAUGGUCGACUUGUACCCAGCACGGGGACCAUGGAAACUAUUUAUACUGGCAUUGCCCCCUCCAGUGUCUCGGCCCCCGAUCAACCCCGCGCUGAAGCAAUCACAUUAGGCCUCACGAAUGGUAAAUUUUCAUUUCGCCCUCAAUGCAACUUCUUGUUCAUAGGCCCGUGAGAUUUCUAAAUUCAGUCAUUGACUGUGUUAUUCGUUGGUGCACAGACAGUCCUUUUAAUUAGUCUAGCAUGCGCAGUCAGAACGUCCGCCGAGCAAGCUACAGUGUACGGUUAAUUUUCGCAUACCAGUUAAAAAAGAAAAUGCAGGGCUGUUUCAGAUGUAUUUAUGUGAUGUAGACCUGGCGGUAUUGACCUUAGGCUCAAGCUACUGAAAUAUUCUAUUAUAAUUUGGAGUCUGAGCACACUGAAGUCUUUAAUUAUGACGCAAUUCGCGCCACUGUUUUACUCCUAGGUACGAUCAAAGUAAUCCAGGACUUCACCCGCGGCUUUCUUACAUCGUUUUCUUUGACUCUCAUUAUCUUGGUAAGUUCAUAUUUCAGCUCUCUUCGCUUAUGUGCUUUGGACAAGGCUAGCAUUACUCUUCCUGUGUUUCAUUUAUAGGAGAAAAUGCAUGAGCGUUUUGUUAUUAAAAUAUCUAUUUAACGACGCCCCCCUACAAAGUGAAGAUGGUUGGAGAUGGGCUUGAUGCAGCGGCUGCCAAAUCUAAACCCCUUAUCCACUCGCGCCACACACCAUCUGAUGCUUGCUCAACAUGUGGUGGACUGCAUCAAGAGAUAUGCCUGCCGCCUUUAAGAGAUGUACAGCUUCUCGCAUGCAGGGUUUUAGCUGCCAUACCGGCGCGGGCGAAGUACAUAGCAUUUGUUCUCCAACAUACCUGGAUUUUGCCUGAUAUGCUCUUCUUGAAAGCAGGUUGCAGACACCUUUGUCAUCAUCGUCGAACCCAGGCUGCGUAGAGUAGCCAGUGUGGUAAGCCGGAUGACGUCACGCAGUUCCAUUCAUUCUGACUCCGCAGGGUCAAUCGCAUUCACAGCUGGCCGCUGUUGCGGAUUUAGAUUGUGCGGUAGUUACGACUCAGUGGGCAUUCAGACAUAUCCUGCAAUUCAGUUAUACAGAGCAAUGCAAUCCUGUGGACAGAAGACUUUUGCAAUGUUCGGAAACAAUGUCAAAAAGUGUGUACGACUCCACUCACUUGGCUUAUGCGCUUAAGGUUAGUUGGUUACUAUAUCUAUAAGAAUUCUCCAAGUAUGUUGGUUAGUAAUCUAGCCCUUUUUAAUUAACGGAAAUUUUACUUCACGUUGUUCUGGCAUUUCGUGGAUGUGUAUAUUGGACUCAAAAUCGAUAUUUCUUGAUAAAACUGGCAUGUCCCAUGCUCUACCUGAGAAUUGUUUGCUUAAAAGAAGCUGUGUCGUUUUCCCUGAUAAAAUAUUCCACCUGAAUGAAAUGAGUCAGACCUUUAAGUAACUCUAAGAGUCAAUUUUUUUGCUUUUCUUUGCAGACACCGAUGGCUCUUCUGGCGCUCUACCUCAUUGACACGUUCGUACAGACGAAGACGAGCCCGAUCAAUGUCGGAAAACCCCUCAACACUAAGGAUGAGCACUCUGCUUUCUAG